AUGACCACCAUCUGGGCUACACACCAGUACCCAGGGUUUCCUCUGUGUCCCAAGAUCAAGUCCGUUCCCAGGUCCUGGCUGCCCAAGAUUCAGUGUCAAGCUGUGACGCAGACAUGCCCUUGUGUGGGAGCAUCCCUGUGCAGUCUGUGUGUGCCCAGUCGCUUUGUUGGGAGAUCUGGAUCUGAAGUGUGCACGAGCUGCAUCUUCCACCAGGUGGGCUGGCAGUCACCGCUUUGGUGGAAGCUACAGCUGGAGCUGGAGGAGCUGCACCCAGAGCCAGGCAUGAGCCAGGGCUUCUUCUGUGUUCAGUGGCCACUAGUGCCAUAUUGGGGGUCAGCAAAAGGCCCAAAGGGAAGAUUAACGGGAAACAAGAACCCAGACCAGUGGUUUCCUAAGUCAGCUCCUCCUGGGCGCAAGUCAGACUUAAAACAAGAAGUCUUUUCAACACACACAGACCAAGAUCAGAUGUCUUCCGUGGCUGAACUUGCUGGUCUCUGCACCAUGGGAAACGGAUAUGUACAGCUGCUGCCAGCCCCAGGAUUCUUGAUGUUGCUGUUUUUGCCAUUGGGAUCCGCAGCCCUGAGCAUUACACACACCAAGGAGUGUGAUUCACACAUGAAAGGGUCCUGUGGAUUAUAUGCAGAUUGCAUGGACAAGAAAGGGAGCUACUGCAUGUGCAACCCAGGAUACAAGCUUGCUUCUGAGGCAGCAUUGUUCAGGAAUGAGAAUAAGAAUAAGUGUCAAGAAGUCUUGGUGCUGCUGCUGUUGACAUUAGGAUCUGAAGGCCACAGCCCUAGAGAGAUCUCAUUCCCCAUCUGGACCAAACCCCCAGGAAUCAAGAGCCAGAGGCUUUCCCACUUCUUUAACAGAGUCCAGGAUCUCAGUGGAAGCUUCAUGUCAAACUCUGUCCAGAACACUAUCCAGGACCUCAUACAGGAGGUGGAUGAAAUGUUGGAGAACCCCGGGGACCUGAAAACCCUGCCCCUCUCUGAGCAGCACAUUGUGGCCAAUAACCUCCUCUUUGGCCUGGAGAAUGUCCUGAGAGGGCUGAGCAAGGCCCUGCCCAAUGGGUCAUUGACCUUCAGUUCAUCUGCAGGCACAGAACUGUCCCUGAAGGUGUUGGAGGAAGAAGACAGGAAUAUCACCUUGAUUGAGAAUCAGACAAAGAUGAUGCUGACCUGGGAUACAGUGCAUGAAUCUGACUCAGGUGCUAUGGUGGUGGGCCUUGUCUCCACCCCAGGGAUGGGAAAGUUGCUGGAUAAAGUCCCUCUGAUCCUGGAUACUGAGGAACAGGCAGAUCUGCAUGAGACACACCAGGGUUUCCUGCAGAAAAUCUCCCCCAUCCUGCUGUCAGAUGUCAUAACCGUCUUUAUCAGCAACAAUAACACCCAGAACCUCAGCUCCCCAGUCACCUUUGUCUUCCAGCAUGUGAGUCCUGUGAACCCCGGGCCAAGGGCAAAGGUGUACUGUGCCUUCUGGGAGCAUGACCAUAAUGGAAGUGGUCAUUGGGCCACCAAAGGCUGCAGGAUGGUGGGCACCAGUGACAAUGGCACCAGAGACAACAGCACCAUCUGCCAGUGCACCCAUCUCAGCAGCUUUGCCAUCCUCAUGGCCCACGAUGACAUGCAGGAGGAGAAUCCUGCACUGACGGCGAUCACCUACAUGGGGCUGAGCCUCUCUCUGCUGUGCCUCUUCCUGGCGGCCCUCACCUUCCUGCUAUGCAAAGCCAUACAGAACACCAGCACCUCCCUCCACCUGCAGCUCUCGCUCUGCCUCUUCCUGGCUCACCUGCUCUUCCUAACAACCAUCGACAGAACUGAGAUCAAGGUGCUGUGUGCCAUUGUUGCAGGUGCCUUACACUAUCUCUACCUGGCCUCCUUCACCUGGAUGCUGCUGGAGGGCCUGCACCUCUUCCUCACUGCACGCAACCUGAUGGUAGCCAACUACUCCAGAGUCAACAUGUUCAUGAAGAAGCUCAUGUUCCCAGUGGGCUAUGGAGUCCCAGCUGUGAUUGUGGUCAUUUCUUCAGCAUCCAGGCCUCAUCUUUAUGGAACACCCACCAGAUGCUGGCUCCACACAGACGAAGGAUUUAUAUGGACCUUUCUUGGCCCCGUCUGCACCAUCUUCUCGAUUAAUUUAGCUUUCUUCCUGAUAACCUUCUGGAUUGUGAAAAACAAGCUCUCCUCACUCAACAGUGAUGUGUCCACUCUCCGGAACACUAGGAUGCUGACAUUUAAAGCCACAGCUCAGCUCUUCAUCUUGGGAUGCACGUGGUGUCUGGGAAUCCUGCAGGUGGGACCAACUGCCCACAUCAUGGCCUACCUCUUCACCAUUAUCAACAGCCUGCAGGGUGUCUUCAUCUUCCUGGUGUACUGCCUCUUCAGCCAGCAGGUCCAAGAGCAAUACAGGAAAUUGUUCAAAAGGAUCAAGAAAAUCAAAGCCGAGUCUGGGGAAUACACAUUGUCCAGCAAGGUCAUGUCCGAUCCCUCUAAACACAGUGUGGAGAAUUAAAUUAACAGCUAAACCAGGUGAUCUUGUAUCCUGAAUGGCAAGGAAAAUUUUGAACUGUCAUCUCUGCACAAAACUUUUAAAAAUACUUUAUCAUCUGUGUUACAAGUAACUCUUCAUGGAGCUAUUAUGGAAUGAAGUAUGAUGGGAAUGUUGAUAUUUAGAUUGAUGGAGAAUUUGGGGGGUUUGCUGCAUAUGGUAUGCUCACCUCACUCCCAGCAUAUUCAGGGAGAUGUGACCCAAUUCCCAAGUUGCCUUGGAUUAAAUCGCCUGCUUUAACUUUUUUUUCUAAAAAUUUCCUAAAGUUGAAGAUAUAUGACACAAAA